UGUGCUGUUCAAAUAGACCAGAUGUUCAAAUUCAGGGUCUGGUGCACAGUCCUCUUUCCAGGCUGCAGCCACUGAAUCAACUCAGAAGAGAAGCAACAAGAUGAGAGGAUAUUUGAUUUUUGUGGCUCUGCUCUCUGUGUGCAGCCUCUGCUUCAGCUCAGAGUGUAAUCCAGAGUUUUUGGAGAAUGAGGAUUUUCCAGGAACAGAUCUCCUGCACCUCUACUCUCCUGAUGCAGAACACUGUCAGCACCUGUGCACCCAGCACCCGUCCUGCCAGUUUUUCACCUUUAUUCGGCCAGACUGGACCAGAGACAACAGACACUUCUACUGCUACCUGAAGUCCACUCCCUCUGGACAGCCCAAUACGAGGACUGCACUGCUGGGUGUCACCUCUGGCUUUUCUCUCAAACCCUGCAACCCAACCCCUGAGCCCUGUCUGUCUAAGGUGUACGAGAACGUGGAUUUCUACGGGGCGGACUAUAAGACAUUUUUCACAGCCACCUAUGAGUCCUGUCAGAGAGCCUGCACACAGGAUCCCUCAUGUCAGUUCUUCACCUUUGUCAGAGAUACCUUCACACCUGUAAACAUCAGGUACAAGUGCCACCUGAAAUUCAGCUGGACGAUACCUAGGACACCUGUUGUUCAGAGAAAGGCUGGAGUAGUGGCUGGAUUCUCUCAUGAAGCAAAAAUGAGCCAAAACUUUGACACAGCAUGUCAGGGCAAGCUUUUUCCAAACACUGCAAUCCCUGGAAACCACCUCCUGGCUCUGCCUGCUGCCUCUGCUGAGCACUGUCAGACGCUGUGCUCUGCUCAUCCAUCCUGCACCUACUUCAGUUUUGUCAGUGAAAGCUUCACUUGUAACUUGAAGAAAAAUCCAAAUGAAAUGGUGAUCAGCGCCAAAGCUGGAGUCACAUCUGGGUUACCUCAUCACGACUGUCAGCCUGAUAACAACUGGAUCAAACUUGUUCAUGAGGGAGUUGAUUUCCUGGGCUCUGACAUUCGUUUUGAGCUGAUGGAUGAUGCAGAAACCUGUCAGAGGACCUGUACUGCAAGUCCUAACUGCCAGUUCUACAGCUACGUCACUGAAGCCUUCCAUGACCAGGAUUACUGGCGCCACUGCUAUCUCAAGCGUGUCAUCACUAUUCCUUCUCCUCCAAAGGUCGCCAAACUGGCCAAUGUCGUCUCCGGCUUCACUCUGAAGCAUUGUGAUAGUGCUCUACUCACAAGCACAGAUGUCUGAAUAAACUGUAAUAAAAACCUAUGAAACAGA